UGAUUAUAUGAGCGACUGAAAGAGAGCGGCUAUCAACACAACGUUUGAAAGCUGCAUGCCUUUUUAAUGCGUCCUUUUACCCCAAAGGCCUGUGUUACACUACUGCUGAACUAGCACGCGGUGCCAUCGAGGGGAGAAACCUGCUGGUUUUCUUCACCAUUCUCAUUAUUAGCAUGUCGUGACAACUGCUUACAAAACUUUGUUGAUGGCACGGGGAGUAGGCAUAAAGCAUGGCUUAUGAUGACAGUAGUUAUGGUCGCUCAACACUGCUCGUGGUGUCAUGUCUCGAGUCCGUCCUGCUGCGGAGUUUCGGACCAGGUGGUGGGCUGGUGCUCUUCACGCGCGACACUGGAGAGGUUUUGCUCACUCGUCAUGGACAGAAGAUUUUGAGGUCACUCCAUAUCGCACACCCGGUUGCCCGAAUGAUUGUGGAUUGCAUUCAAGGACACUGCACCAUGACAGCGGAUGGCUCCAAGUCCUUCGUCCUCCUGCUGGCCUCCCUGCUGAGAAGGAUCCGUGCACCCAGCAAGGCAUGCUGGGACAUGUCAAACAGCCGCGCCAGGCACCUGGCGAGGCGGCUUCUGGAGUUCUGUCAUGACGGUUUGGAUGAUGUCAUAAUGCGCCAGGUCACCCCACAUGUGUCCGCCCUCUACAGUUACCCUGGAGGGGUUUUGGAGGGGCUGGUUGCAGGAUACUUGACUGGAAGGCUUGCAACAGGCCAGGCUGAAGUUCUCACACCACUCAUCUGCCAAUUUUAUCGGAAAUGGCAUGUGGGACAACAAACCAUGGCAGAAACGGUCAGAUUUAUCCAUACACACUUCCCCGUUCUGCAUCAAACUGUAUCGGGCUUGCCCAUUGGUCGGUCAUUUGUCCAGGAGGGGUUGCUCUUGGACUGUGAUUGGACAGUAUUUUUCGAAACUCGCGAAAAAGAAUCAAUCAGACUGCUGGUUUUCAAUGAAAGCGAAUUUUCCAUCAAUAACGCUGCUUAUGUGUUUGAGAACUGCAUCUACAACGGCCAAGCAAUGGGGCGCCGUCUGUGCACACAGGUGGAAGAGUUGGACGUGACUGUCCUCCUGUCUCCUGUGACGUGUCCGGACGCCCUCCUUCAGUGGGCUGCGCAGAAGCGGCUCUGUGUGGCGGAGUGCGUGGACCCGCCUCUUCUGGACUUGCUCUCCCAGCUCGCCCAAUCAGAGGCCGCCGCCGUGGGUCGCGUUGCCACGGUGACAUCAGUCAGCCGUGCUGUGUCGGGCGGUCGCAGGUUGGCCUGUGUUGGGCUCACACCAACACGUCCUCAAAACAACAGAGAACACCUCUUACACCCACACACACUCCUGCUGUGUGGCCCAGGCCCAGGGCCUCUUGACCAGUACAGGAGUGCGUGUCAGGGAGUCUUCACAAUGCUGCACAGUGUCUGUGAAGCUGAACACACGCUCACGCCCAUGGAUCGUUCUCAGAACUCUCACACUGACCAAUCAGAGGAGAUGUCUCAUAAUCCUGUCCAAUUACAUUCCCCCGUAGAAUCAGAAACAACGGUCCCUGACCCGGCUACCAGUCAUGACCCGUUGUGUUGGCUUCUGCGAGCUGGCCAUGUUCUUCCUGUUGGUGGAGUUUUUGAAAUGCUGUUACAUCACUUCCUGAUGUCUUCUGAUUGGUCGGCUCGGGAGCCUGAGGCCUGCAGCGUAUUGGCGGAGUCAGUGCUAGACUUGCCCAGAAUGCUCCACUCUGGUAAGCCCUGCCUCUUCAUGCAGUCUCAUGCCUCCCUAUUGGACAAGCUCAGGUCUGGCACUUCCCACAGGACCCACUCAGGAGGCCUAGAGGGUGUGUCGUGCAAGCAGCAGCUCUUGCUCUCUGUGCUGCAGUGUGCAUACAAACUCCUGUCCAUAGACCACGUUUUGCACACUCACACACCUGUAAGCACACUCUUAGACUCAACCAAGACCACACAACAGGACGAGGAUGAUGGGGAUUGAAGUUUGGAAUUUGUAGUUUUUUUGUUUCUAUGAUGCAA